CUCAAAAAGGUCGAAUGAUAUAUCCAGAUAAACGCAAGGGUCUUUUAUAUAUAUAUCAAAGCGAUGAUUCAUUAAUGCAUUUUUGCUGGCAAGAUCGAUCUACUGGAUUUGUUGAAGAUGAUCUUAUAAUAUUUCCUGAUGACUGUGAAUAUGUAAGAGUUCCUCAGUGUACAACAGGGCGUGCAUAUCUUUUGAAAUUUAAAUCUUCUAGUAGAAGAUUUUUCUUUUGGUUGCAAGAACCACGAACAGAUAAAGACGAUGAAAACUGCAAAUACAUUAAUGAGCUGUUAAAUAAUCCAUCAAGUAGUGUUCAAAACUCAGGAAUGCGCGAUCAAAAUUUACAGUCGCUUCUCAACAACAUGUCACAAUCACAACUAAUGCAGUUAUUUGGUGGAGGUCAAAUUGGAAGCCUAUCUAGUUUAUUAGGAACAAUGAAUCGGCCGUCACCUGCAUCUAGAAAUUCUACCCCUGCAAUAACUCAUCGGUCAACACCAGCAAGUGCAACCACGCCAAGUAAUCCCCCAGCAGUUCCAGACACUAAUUCAACAUCUCAAAUUACAUCAAGUGCAACUGAAGCAUCUAAGAAAAAUGAUAAUCCCAUCCAGUUGUCAGAUUUACAAAAUUUUUUGCAAGGUAUUGCAUCUCCUGGUAGUGAACAGCAGCAGCAAAACCAAACUGUUGAUCUAUCUACAGCAUUAAACAGUGAGUCACUCUCAGGAAUAUUGAGCAGUUCUGAGGCCAUUCAACAACUGCAGAGCCAUUUACCAGAUGUAGGAGGAAAUUCAGCAGAACAACUUCGAUCUACCCUCUCAUCCCCACAAUUUCAACAAGCAGUUCAACAGUUUUCUAGUGCAUUAGAAUCUGGUCAGCUAGGGCCAGUUGUUUCUCAGUUAUCUGUUAGUCAGGAAGCAGUAGCUGCUGCAUCUGAAGGCAACAUGGCUGAAUUUGUAAAAGCAUUAGAAAACUCGGUGGCUAAUGAUGCUACUCAAGAUAAAGAUAAAAGUAAAAAAGAAGAUGGAAACGAGGAUAAGAAAGAUGAUGAAGGAAUGCAACUUGACUAAUUAUUAUUAACUGCUACUUGUCUUAAAAAUUGCUUACUAGUAAAUGAUUAACAUAAAUGUUCCAAUUUUAAGUUGCAUUAUGAAUAUAAAAAACAUAAGUUUGUUGUUUUAUUUAAGACUAAUUUCAAUUUUGUAAAAAAAUAUCGAAAUCACUUCAGGCGUUUCGAAGAUUGGACCAUACAAACCCAACCGGUAGCCUGGAUUACUUGAAACAGUUGCACUUGUUACAUAUACUUUCUUAAGAAAAGUAAAUAAACAUUUAAUUUUUCUUAAGUAGACAGCAAAUUUUAAAUAAGUAAAAUGUAAUACACAAUGCCGCUAUAGUUUUAUAAAAACUAAAAGGAGUCUACCUGUAUUUAGUCUAGGAUCAAACUUUUCGAUUAAAGAGUAGUUAUCAAGAAAGAGUAUAAUUUUUGUACCCAUUGUAAAGUAUAAGAUUCUAUUAAUAGUGCAAAUGAAUAUAUCUGCAAAUUAAAAUAAUGUAAUUGAAAUAUCGAUCGAACUACGCGCAAGUUUUUAUGAGUAUCGUGAUUAAAAUAAAAAGUAAAAAAGAGGUAUCUCACAA